AUGGCCUGCUCUGACAAAGGCGGCUGGCUCGUGCUUCACUGGACCAUCUUGCACUUCCUCUGCCCGUAUGUACAGGAGCAAGUGCAGAUGAGCAAGCUGCUGGGCGUUGGGGCAGCGGGCUGCGUGUACUCUGCGACUUAUGCGGGCGAACAGGUGGCAGUCAAGCUGCUGCAUCCCUCCACAGCCGACGAGAAGGAACUUGUCCGGGAGGUCAAAGUCAUGACUGCACUGCAGCAUCGGUACAUCAUCCGCAUCUUGGGUGCGUGCCUGGAGCCACCCAUGGCGGUGGUGCAGGAGCUGGCGGCAGCCAGCCUUCACGAGCUGCUCCACCACCAGCAGCUUCGACCUCAGUGGGGACUCUUCAUGCAGCUGGCAGAGGACGUGGCCAUCGCGCUGGCGCAUUGCCAUGCGCAGCGUCCGCCUGUUCUCCACCGAGACCUCUCCGCCCGCAAUGUUCUGUUGGGGUUCGAUGGCCACGCCCGCCUGGCCGACUUUGGGCUAGCUACUGCCCGAAAUCGCACCUUUUUAUCGAACGACAAGGCAAGGAGAAGAGCUGCAUCAGCAUUUUGGCAAGCAGGUGCUUUCGGCACGGCAAGCUUCAUGGCACCAGAAGUGAUGCAGGCAGGCCAGGUUACGGAGCGGUGCGAUGUGUUCAGCUACAGCAUACUCCUUUGGGAGAUGUUAACUGGCCUGCCAGCGUGGCAAGAGUUGGUCAGCCCCCUCCAAGUCAUGUUCGCCGUGGGCGUGGAGCGCCAGCGCCUGCCCAUCCCCGCCGGCUGCCCGCCGGCCCUCGCUCGGCUGUUGAAAGAAUGCUGGCGGCACAACCCUCCACUCAGGCCCUCCUUUCCUGAGGUCCUAGCCCGCCUGCGCAAGAUACGGGCGCAGGACAGCUUGCUUCAGCUGCAGCCUGUUCUGCUCAAGCACUCAUCCGCCAACAGCUCACCCAGCAAGGCACCGACUCUGACAGGCGCCAAGCCCCUGUUCUCGCUGGCAACGCGAGACACGGGGCACAUAAUGGCUGUGUGA